UGCUACAGGUACGUGUUUGAGGAAGAUUGUGAAGUAAAGACAAAGAGAUCAUAUUGUGAACUCGAGAGUCUGCUCUCUUUGAAAUUAUUAGUUUUUGAACGAAUUGUAAUCUGCAGAACACAUUAUAAGCUCCAUGGUGGAGAUUGCUUUUCUAAUAAUCUAAGGUCUACUUGCUUAUAAGCUCCAUGAUAAACUGUAAUCUGCAGAUGCAUCGAAAGCGCGAUGACGAUAGGAAGGACGAGAAGAAGGAUGACAAGAAAAAGCCUCCAAAAAAUGAAGAGAAGGGGUCCUCUUGUUCAGGGCUAUGCGAUGGGGACGAGAUCGAUGAAAAGGGGAAUAAAGCAGAUAAAGUUAUGGUCGACGAACAGAAGAGUAAGAGAAUUUUAACUACAGCACUUCCUUCUUUUCAUACAUGUUGAUAAAUACAUGCUGAUCAGAUGAUAAUAUUAACAGUACUUCCGUCUUUAUCUUUUCAUAAAUGCUAUAGCGCUACGUAAAACAGCUGGCUGGGUUUUCCUCUUUUUAUACUUGAGGUCUUUCCCUUCACGCACAACACUUGUGAAUGUGCCACUGUUGUGAAUGUGACACUUCUAGUGGCCAGCACCUUGAUGUAUACAUCAACUUGUAGAGAAGUGACUACAACCUUACUAGUACACACUUCUAAUGUCCGCGACGCCGAAGAGGGAAAAGAGGAUGACGAUACUAAGGCUUGAGAGAAUUGGAUUCUUCUACGUAAGAAAGUUAGAUAUAAUGAAGAUUACCUCAUGCUUGUACAACGAGCUUAAGCCAUAGUUGAACUCUCUCGGGAGCUUAAUUCCCUCUCAGUCGCCCAUUAUCUGCUGCUUCUUAUGUACUUACUUAGACUAAAUAUAUCCUUCUAAUUGCUCUAAGUUGAAAGCGGAGGACGAGGUUUCAGAGCUACCAGAUGGCAGAAAGAUCAUCCAUCCUUGGGGUGAGUUAUGAACAAGAGCAUCUACUUACUUAUACUUAAUAUUGUUCUUUCCGUUAGUGAGUCAUCAUAUUGAGUAUUUAAGUAGUAGAACCUUCUAGCAC